AUGCUUUUGUGGUGGGUUGCAGCUUUUGAAAUAGAAACAUUUGAGGCUAUAAAAGUGUUAGAUGAAAAAUGUGUAUUUUUAGAAAACUACUCUUCGAAAAUUGAAACAAAGUCAUUUAUCGUCAUCAUUGUUAGCAUCUUAUCAAUAACUUUGGAUGUUAUUGGAAUGUGGAAAUUAGAACUAUCACCCAGUACUGUAACAAUAUUGACUUUAGCUUUCGCUAUACAUGAUACCGAAAUUGGAUUCUAUUCUGUUAUAAUAUCUGGAAUUAAUCUCAGACUUUUCAGUAUAGUUGAGACUAACGCAAAAUAUGGGUCAAAAAUAUACCGACACAUUUUGCUUAUUGCGGCGCAUAUAGAAAAGGAAUACAAUUUACCGAAAGGUAACAUCACGAUGUUUUUGGUAUGGCGUGAAUUUAAAUCCUUCUAUUCACUUUGGUUGCUAUGCUCAGCUGCUUCUAAAACCAACUCGGCUUGUGAUCAACUUAUUCACCAAUUGUCCAACGUUCUGGCAUUAAAAUUCGAGUCUCAAGAGAAAACUGCAAUUCAAAAAAUCACGGAGAGCUUGUACCACAGCGUGAAAUUCGAGAGACCUCGGUAUGUGAAUGCAUCGGUCCUCUCGAUUGAUCUGGGAGUUCCAUUAACGAUUUUGGAUAUCAGUAUCAACUACUUGCUCAUAAUUCUCCAGAUUUACAUCGCUUAUAUAAUGAAGCAAUAA